UUUACCUAUGUUUUUAAUUUUUGUAAUUAAAUGGACUUGUUUAUAUUGUAUACUAUGAAGGGAAAUACUUUUUACUGUCAUGCAUUUGUUUUUCCUGGAUUGUUCGCAUCACCCUUGAUUUUUAUUUGACAUAGAAAUAUUAAGAAAUUAAUUAGUGCGUUUUAGUUGAUGAGCUUAGAUCUAUGAGUUGAAUACAGGUAAUUGCAUGAACUUCUUGCCCUCUCCAGAAAAAAUGGCCAAAAGGAAGAAUCCACUGGUAUUCCUAGAUGUAUCGAUUGAUGGAGAUCCUGCUGAGAGAAUGAUAUUUGAGCUUUUCUAUGACUCAGUUCCAAAGACGGCAGAAAAUUUUCGAGCACUUUGUACAGGUGAAAAGGGAAUCGGGAAAACAACUGGAAAACUUCUUCAUUACAAAGGAUCAAUUUUCCACCGCAUUAUUAAAGGCUUCAUGGCUCAGGGUGGCGAUUUUUCCAAACGUGAUGGUACUGGUGGAGAGAGCAUAUAUGGGGGGAAGUUUGCAGAUGAGUCCUUCAAGCUUACACAUGAUGGACCAGGUCUGCUAUCCAUGGCAAAUGCUGGUCCUGGUAGCAAUGGUUCUCAGUUCUUCAUCACCUUCAAGUCUGCACGCCAUCUUGAUGGGAAGCAUGUUGUCUUUGGGAAGCUUUUGCAAGGACAUGACACAUUGACGAAGAUUGAAAGCAUGGGUACUGAACAAGGAAAACCUACUGCUUUGGUGAAAAUUGUUAAUUGUGGUGAAUUAUGUGAAGAUAAGAAGAAAGCAACUAAACUAAAAGCAAGGAAGGAUGCUUAUUCUGAUUCUGAUAGUUAUGAAACAAGACGUCGGGGAAAAGACAAGAAGUCUUCUAGAGAAAGUAGGAGAAAGAGAAGAAAAUACUACACAUCUGAGUCAGAUACUUCAUCGGACACUGAGGCUGAAUCAUCAGAGUCUGACACUGACUCUGAUUCAUAUUCUUCCUCAUCUCCUUACCUUAGUUCUUCAAGCGAUGACAGGCGCAGUAGGAGAAAGAGAUCUUCCAAGGGGGACAAGUAUAGACGUGGAAAAAGGAAAAGGGACCGACGCCAUGGGAAGAAACGCAGGAGGCAUGAUAAGAGAUCGAGACACAAAUCAAGAAGAAUGCUGGAAAGUACAAGUGAUAGUGAGACUGGAAGUACAAGCGAGUAUAGCUCAGAGGACAGAGUUGAUUCUCCUUGGCCAGAUCGGAAGUCUAAAAUCUAUUCCCGGGUUUCUGCUGGAGUAGAAUCUCCAUCAAUCAAGGAGGUUUUAACCGCUCCUCGGCAAAAGAAAGGGGAUUCUAUGGAUUUGGUUGACCAAGAAGUUGGAUCCCUAAGGGAAAAUGGAGAGCUGCGGAGCAAUGGAGUUGAAGCAAAAAAUAAGACUGACAGCAGUGCAGAGAGGCAGCCUGAUGUUGUAGAUGAUCGCCCAAGCAAAUCUAGGAGCCGGAGUAUGAGUCCUAAAAGAGCCAUGAGUAAGAGUAUGAGUAUUAGUCCCCGGAGGAGUUUGAGCAAGAGCCCAAGUUUAAGCCCCAAAAGAAGUGAAAGCAGGAGUCCGAGUGGGGCUAGAAACGCCCCAUGGACAUCACAGCGGAGUAGGAGUAUCAGCAGAAGCCCAGCAAGUAGUAGCAGCAGGAGCCCUGUUAGAAGUCUGCGUAGUAGAAGCCCUGCUAGAAGUCUCAGCAGAAGUCCAGUGAGGGGUAAAUCUCGAAGAAGUAUUAGCAGGAGCCCUGCAAAAUCUCGGCCACAGAGAAGCGUGAGCAGAACCUCGGUGAGGUCUCUUUCACGGAGAAGCAUCAGUCCUAGUGCAGUAAGAGUCCCACAUCGGGGAACAUUUAGCAGAAGCCCAGCCAGAGCUUCUCGGAGGAGCAUAAGUAGAAGCCCAGUAAGGAGGAGCGUAAGCAGAAGUCCAGUUAGAGGUGUAUCACGAAGAAGCAUUAGCAAAAGUCCAGUAAGGGCACCUAGCCGAAAUAACCGCCGCAACUAUUCAAGGAGCCCUGUACGUGGAAGGAGCCUGUCAAGAAGUGCUUCUCCAGAUGAAUCGCCUAAGCGCAUACGAAGGGGCCGGGGUUUUAGCCAGAGGUAUUCUUAUGCACGGCGGUAUCGAACUCCAUCUCCAGAUCGUUCUCCUGUAAGAUCAUAUCGUUACAAUGGGAGAAGUGAUCGUGACAGAUAUUCAAGUUACAGAAGCUACUCUGAUCGUUCUUCGUGGCGUUAUAGGAGCCCACCAAGAGGCAGAACUCCUCCAAGAUACAGAAGCAGAAGAAGCCGGACACGGAGUCGAAGUGUGUCACGCAGCCCAAUCCGCUACCGAAGUGGAGGUAGAGGUCGUUUUAGCCGUAGCCCACUGCGUAGCCGUUCCCCUGUUGAGAAAUCUAGGUCCCGUGGAUCACCACUAGCAGAGAGGCGGAGGUCACUUUCUGGGAGCAGAAGCCUAUCAGAGUCAAGAUCCCCAUCGGGCUCACCUUCUCCCAGAAGGGCGAGCAAAAAAAAGUCGAAGUCCACUUCUGUCAGCCCUGAUGGGAAGAAGGGCCUUGUUUCAUAUGGAGAUGUGUCGCCUGACUCGGGGCAAAGGUAGGAAUGCAUCGAUUACUGUUGUCUGGUAAUUAUUUGGAGGAAUUGAAGCAUGUAUGUCUAAUAAGAUUCUUGAUGUUUCUCUCUCAUUUGGGUUAUAGGACCUUCAGGUUUUGGUUGGGUUUCUGAUUGAAUUUUCUCACGCUUUAGAAUAAAUGGUGGUAUGUUAUAUAUGAAUUUAUAUUAAUAGGUUAUAACUUAUUACAUUGGAUUA